AUGUCCAACAAACUCUAUGGCCGGAACCGCGACUCCGUUGCCGACCUCGAAACCGACUUGCAUUCCAUAUUCGAACAACAUCCCGACUCUUCUGUGGGCGAUGAUGGAACACCCAUUAUACCCGCCCACGCCCUCGUGGAUGUUCUCAAAACAUUCGCCGACUCCAAUGGCGUAGAACUGCUUUCGCCUGAAGAGACCGAGCAACUGAAAGCUCUUCUCGCCACCAAUCCAGACCUCGAGGUCACGCCGCAAAUUACGCUAGCAUUCAUUGCCACCAGGACAAAGAACAGCCCGCCUCAGAGCCCGCCAAUGACGGAGGACGAGCUGGAUUCACCGCGGGGGAGACAGGACGACCGCAGCGUUGUAAAUUCAGGGCGUGACUCGCGUUCUUCAAGCAUCGAUUCCGUUGGGACGUCGAGAAAUCAUAGUAGGCCACCGUCGAGAGGCGUGCCACAAACCCCCAACUCUACUGCAUCCCCAUUCGAUACUUCGCGGCGUCAAAGGUCAACGCCGCUGGGAGGAAAUGCACCCUCAAGUUGGGCGACGAAACGACCACCACAUCACCGGAGGAAGAGCGAUGCAGGAAGUAGGAGUGACUCUGAGCAAGUAUCAGCCAGCCCAAGCGCUUAUGGGCGUCCAGCGGGUCGUAUACGGGCACCUUCCAAUCCCACAUCUCCCUCAACCAACAUGAUGGACGAUUUCGACAACCCCGGCUCCCCUCCACCUAAUGGUCGUUUUUCGCGACCAUCUUCUCGCCAACAGGGCCGUCGACCAACCCUCGACGAGGACUUGUACAAUGAUCUGGACCAUACCUUCCGUCAAGGGCUGAACUCAUUACCCAUGCCCCGACCGACCGAAGACGACUCAGACAGCGAUGAUGAGGCCCGCAUGGACAUGGUUAUGGACCGCUCAGCUGCGUCCAGCACUGUCAGCAUGAUGCCACAAGACCGAGUUGAAGCCCUCCAGCGGGUGAACGACGACCUCACCCGCAAGCUUAUGGAGAACGAGCGGACUUUGCAAAACAAGCUGGCAGAACACGAGUCGAUCCAGGAAGAACUCCAAAGUAAACUGGACGAGUUGUCCAACGAGCUCAGCGCGGCCAAGCGAGAGGAAAAGGAACUGCGAAUCAAGGAGCGUUCCAGCCAUCAUCAGAUUCAAACCCUGGAGGCCGAAAUCUCGAAAGUCAACCGGCAACUCGAAGCUUCCAAGGCUUCAUAUGCCAAGAUGAACAAGCUGUAUCAGGACCAAUUGAGCAUGGCUAACAAAUAUCGCGACGAAAUUCGUGAACGCGACGCGAGCACCCGUGAUCGCAACAACGAGUCUGAGGCGCUGAACCAAGACAUCCGCAAACUCAAGGUUGACGCAGAGAUCUACGAGACGCGGAUUGCCCAACUCGAGGAAGAGUUGGCGGCGGCGCAACAAGCACACAUCCAGCUUGACGAGCAAAAGCAAGAGAAUAUGCUGCUCAAAGAAACUAUUGACCGAAUGCGCUUUGACCUGGACGAAAUGCGGAGCAAUAACGCGAGUGCUGUCGCCGGUGGCUCGAGCGGUCAUAGUAGCGCCGCAAACACGAUCAGCAAGAGUCUUGGCGCUGAACUGCUCAAAAUGAAAGGCGGGUGGAACGACGAGCCUGAAGAGGAGGCUGCAGAUGUGCCUGCGAGUACAAGCUCGCCAAACGAAGACGACGAAGACACCGAGGGCGAAGAUGUCAUCCAGACUAUCAUCACACGCAAGAAGCGCAAAGUCCAGAGCAAGGCGAUGGACAACCGGAUGCAGAACAUCCAGCGCCGCGAGUUCGAGGAGCGGAAAGAGUACUCGGAUAUGGCCACGCAGUAUGACCUCGAGCAGUUUUAUGUCUCGUGCAAAACGCAAACGGACGCCGAAGUCAAGAUAAUAACUGCGUCGCUCAGUACCCAGACCGAUCCAGAACCUGUCGUGGAACCACCCCCGCCACGCAAUACCGUCGAGAUGGAGAUCCAAACGGAAGCUGACCCGGAGGAGGAUGUCAAGCCUGACGCGCCGCCAGCCUACAAAAAAGAGCUGUCGCCAGAAGAGCAGGAAGAGCAUGACUGGCGGGUUACAGUCGCGACGCUCAAAAAGUACCAUCCUGGGUCCCGUCUCGAAGAGGGUGUGCCUGACGGUAUUUCUCUCGAUGCGCUGGAAGACUGGCGAGCCCUGAAGGAGGAGCUGGGUGUCUCGUGUUUAGUCGUCGACAAGAUCAUCGAAAACUCGCCUCACACCGGCCUGCCACGUGCACCGUCUGAUGCUGCUGGCGCCUCUCCACGGCGAAGAAGCGGUCGCUUCUACAACAUCUACAACACCUACGUUUAUGGUGGAAAGACCCCCCACCCGCAAAGCAACGCCAAUCCGUUCCCUGUUAUUCCCUCUGCGAUGUUCUGGAUCGGCGUCACCUCGAUUGCGUUCUUGGCCGUUGGCCCGUCGCUGCUGAUUCCCUACUACACCGUGCCUGGCGGGCCAACGAUGCACGACCGCGCGGUGUGGAACAGCUUCAACACGAUGAAGUAUGCGGGCGAGGGCUUCACACACGAAACCGAUGCGCUGUGGGGUUUAUUGGGACGGGUAACGGGCGGCGCGGCGCGGAUGGUGCGUGGCUGGCCGCAAUAG